AUGGAUAUAGAUAGAAAUAGACCGUGGUUCCUGACUGGAGAUUUCAACGAUCUUCUUGACCACCAUGAAAAAUCUGGAGGACCUCAAAGAGCUGAAGGCACUUUCGGAGAUUUCAGAACCUUUGUCUCCCAAAAUGACUUGUUCGACAUUCCACACUCGGGCAAUUUCUUAUCCUGGAGAGGAACCCGCCAUACCCACCUGGUACACUGUCGACUUGACAGAGCCAUAUCAAACAGCCUAUGGACAGAAUCUUUCCCUUCAAGCAGAUGCUAUUACCUGGAAUACGAAGGCUCCGAUCACCGGCCUCUUCUAUCCAUUCUGGAAACUCAUCUAAAGAAGAAAAAAGGAAUCUUUAGGUACGACAGAAACAUGAAAGACAAUCCAGAGAUAACAGAGCUAGUAGAGAAAGCUUGGAACUUAACUGCGGAAGCUUCUGUGGAAGAGAGAAUAGCCAAUUGCAGAAAAGGGAUAUCCAAAUGGAACUUCGAACACCACACCAACUCACAAAAAAAGAUCAAAGAGGAAAAAAGGAAACUCAAGUCAGCCAUGAGUUCACCUACUGGAGAUCAAGCGCUUAUAUCAGCAAUAAACAAUACCCUAAGUUUAGCUUACCAAAAGGAAGAAGCCUACUGGCGACAAAGAAGCAGGACACUCUGGUUAGCACUUGCGGAUAAGAAUUUAGGCUACUUCCAUGCUACUACUAGAGGAAGAAGAACGAUCAAUAAACUGGCAAUCUUAGAAGAUUGUAAUGGGAACUCAGUGUAUGAAGAAGAUAAAAUCGUGAAUGUAGUUACCUCUUACUACCAAGACCUCUUCAUCACUCGCUCUCUGAACUGUACUCACACGGUAAACCAAGCAAUCCAGCCCUGCAUCUCAGAGGAAGUCAACAAGAAACUAAUAGCAGAACCUUCACCGUCCGAGAUAAAGGCUGCCCUCUUCUCCAUCAACCCCGACAAAGCUCCAGGACCCGACGGCUUCUCUGCAGGGUUUUUCCAAUCAAACUGGUUAGUCAUGGGACCCAAGAUAACCGAGGAAGUCAAAGAAAUCUUUGAGGCAGGCGUAAUCCCAAAAUCUCUUAACCAUACCCAUGUGAGACUCAUACCAAAAACCCCUAGCCCCAAAGCGAUAACUGAGUAUAGACCAAUUGCCCUAUGCAAUGUGUACUAUAAGAUCAUCUCCAAAAUCCUAACUACCAGACUCCAACCUAUCCUACCAAGCAUCAUCUCGGAAACCCAAACCGCCUUUGUCCCCGGACGAGCAAUCUCGGACAACGUUCUAAUUACCCAUGAAACACUGCAUUACCUGAAAAGCUCCGAAGCCACCAAGAGAUGCUCCAUGGCGGUAAAAACCGAUAUGAGUAAAGCGUAUGACCGUCUUGAAUGGAACUUCAUCGUGGCAGUGAUGGAAAGGCUGGGUUUCCACCCCAAAUGGAUCAACUGGGUCCUCCAGUGUGUAUCCACAGUCUCCUACUCCUUUCUCAUCAAUGGAGCCGCCCAAGGCAAGGUCAUCCCGCAAAGAGGCAUCCGUCAAGGAGACCCCUUAUCACCCUUCAUCUUUAUUCUCUGUGGAGAGGUCCUAUCGGGCCUAUGCAAAAAAGCUCAAGUCAGGGGGACCUUACCAGGUUUAAAGGUUGCGAGAGGAAGUCCAAUGAUUAACCACUUACUCUUCGCAGAUGAUACGAUGUUUUUCUGCAAAACAUCUCAGACGAACUGUGAUACCUUAUGCGCCAUCCUGAAACAAUAUGAAGAUGCAUCCGGCCAACAGAUCAACCUUUUGAAAUCAUCUAUCACUUUCUCGAAGAAAACCCCACCAGAAACCCGGGCACGAGUCAAGUCAGCUCUAGGUAUCGAAAAGGAAGGAGGACAGGGUAAGUACUUAGGCCUACCAGAGAGUUUUGGGAGAAAGAAGAAGGAUCUCUUCACCCAAAUUGUUGACCGCAUUCGCCAAAAAUCGGUCAACUUCUCCUCACAAUUCCUGUCGAGCGCAGGGAAACUAACCAUGCUCAAAGCAGUCCUCUCCGCCAUCCCAACGUACACGAUGUCUUGCUUCAAAUUACCUGCAGGCUUAUGCAAACGCAUCCAAUCAGCUAUUACACGCUUUUGGUGGGACUCAAAUCCAGACAAAAGAAAAAUGUGUUGGAUAUCAUGGCAAAAGCUUACCAGAUCAAAGAAGCAUGGCGGACUCGGUUUCCGAGAAAUUCAAUGCUUCAAUGACGCUCUCCUUGCCAAAAUCAGCUGGAGGAUCCUAAACAAACCCACUUGCCUCCUUAGCAAAGUGCUCAAAGGUAAAUAUUGCAAAGACCAAGAUUUCUUCUCGGUUCCCAUUACCUCAUCCACGUCCCACGGAUGGAGAGGAAUCCUAAUAGGGAGGGACCUUCUAAAGACAAAGUUGGGUAAAGCGAUCGAAACCGGCCUAUCUACCUCCAUUUGGAACGACCCCUGGCUCUCAAUGGAGACUCCGACGUGCCCCAUCGGUCCACCAAACCUAGACAACAAAGACCUGAAGGUAUCAUCACUCUUGACCGAUAAUAAUGAGCUUUGGAACGAAGAAAAGAUAAACGAGAUCAGACCUAUGCACCUCGAGGAAAUCAAAGCCCUACGUCCAAGUCGAAGAGGAGCAGACGAUACAUACCUAUGGCUCCCAACCAAAUCUGGCCACUACACAGCAAAACCAGGCUACCACAUUGCCAUGACAGCCACAAAAGAACCAAACCACCACCAAAUUAUCUUGCACAUUAAUUGGAACUCAGACAUUUGGCACACUAAAACGUCACCAAAAAUGAAAGUCUUCCUCUGGAAAAUCCUCUAA